AUGCCUCCAAAACGCAAAUCAAGUGUAAUAUGGAAAGUUUUUAGUAAAAACGAGGCGAAAAACACAGUUCAGUGCAAGCUGUGUAAAAAUACUUUUAAGGAUUUUGGAAACACAACAAAUAUGUUAAAACUAAAAAAGGUUCAUCCUUUACGUUAUAGUACUUUAAAUGAAGAAGGUAUUGAAGGUAAUUCGUCGGCGACGUCGGCAAGUGAAAGUGAAGUUAGUGAAAAAUCUGAUGUAUAUAUGCAAGAUGAACAUGAUGCAAAUGUUUCCACUCAAGCUGUUGCAUCUAAAAACACUACCGCGGCUAAUAAUGCGCAAUCACAAUCUGAUACUGUUCCUCCAUCACGCAAGAGACAGCUGCAAAUGAAAUUUCUUUCGAAAGGGAUUAUGCAGAAAAAUUCCAAAGCAAUCGAUAGAGCAUUAGUAGAAAUGAUAUGUUUGGAUUUUCAACCUCUGCAAAUAAUUGAGAAUACAGGAUUUCAAAAUUAUACUUAUAAAUUAAAUCCACAUUACGUACUUCCGUUGAGAAAGACUCUGUCGGAAAAACUUCUUACCGAACAUUAUUCGCUUGCUCGUGCAGCGACUUUAGAAAAGUUGCAGAAGGUACAGUAUUUAUCAGUCACUACUGAUAUAUGGUCGUCAGACAGUAACAAAAGCUUUUUAACGUUGACUGUCCAUUUUAUAUACAAAACAAAAUUAAUUGCUUUGACUUUGUCAACAGCUGAGAUGUCAAGUAAUCAUACUGCAGAACAUAUAGCUAUGACUAUUAGAGACAUCUUGGAGAAUCAACGGAAGAUUUACGAUAAAGUGAUAACUAUAGUCACUGAUAAUGCAGCUAAUGUAAAAAAAGCAGUCUCCGAAUAUUUGAACAAGCGUAAUCAUUUUUGCGUAGCUCAUACCUUAAAUUUAGCAGUCCAAGAUUGUUUAAAGGAAAAUGAACAUCUAUCAAAAUUAGUUGAGAAGUGUCGAACAAUCGUAUCUCAUUUCAAACGAAGCAAUCAAACUGCAUAUAAGCUUCGCGAAAUACAGCAGCAAAUAAAUUUGGAGCCAUUAAAAUUAAAACAAGAUGUGCAAACGAGGUGA